ACGGCGGCGGGACGGUGCCUAGCUGGGCUCGAGCGCCGGUUGCAGCCUCUGCUGACCAAGGGGCGCCGUCGCCGGCACCAGCGACGCUGCUGCUAGCGUUAGCAGUCUCGGCCGUGCGCCCUGCAGCGAGGGAGGCCGCUACCCGGGUGGACUUGCGACAUGGAAGAAGCGCAGCUGCUGCUGCUGCGUUAACGGCGCCGCUUCUGCCGCUCGGUUAUCGCCCGAGAAAGCCCGAAAAGGGGAGCAAGACGCCGAGCCCGGCUCGCGCAGGAGGGAUGAGCGGCAGCGCUGCGCCCCCCGGGCCCGGCUCGGGCUCAGCCUCCUGCCGUUUUGCCCACUACUUCGUGUUGUGCGGGAUCGAUGCCGACAGCGGGCUAGAGCCAGACGAGUUAGCCGUCUUAUACCAGUGGCUAGAAGCCGAUCGUCAUGGCAAGAGCUCAGAUACUGCAGACAGAACAUCAGGAGAAAAUUUUGACCAGAGCCCUUUACGAAGAACAUUCAAGUCCAAAGUCUUGGCUCACUAUCCCCAAAACAUAGAAUGGAAUCCCUUUGAUCAAGAUGCAGUCAACAUGUUAUGUAUGCCCAAAGGGCUAUCCUUCAGGACUCAGACUGAUAACAGAGACCCCCAGUUCCAUUCCUUCAUUAUUACCCGGGAAGAUGGUUCCCGCACUUACGGGUUUGUACUCACCUUUUAUGAGGAGGUCAUAAGCAAGCAAAUUUGCACAGCUAUGCAGACACUUUAUCAAAUGCACAAUGCGGAGCAAUGCAACAGUGUCUGUGCCUCAUCAUCAUGCAGCAUGGACUCUCUGGCCAGCAGUCUUGAUGAAGGCGACUCCACAUCGCUGGCCAAGAUGCAGCGCUACAACUCUUAUGACAUCAACAGGGACACACUCUACGUCUCCAAGUGUAUUUGCCUCAUUGCGCCCUUGCCUUUCAUGCAGGCCUGCAAAAAAUUCCUCAUCCAGCUUUACAAGGCAGUUACUUCCCAGCAACCCCCACCUUUACCCCUGGAGAGCUACAUCCAUAACAUUCUUUAUGAAGUGCCCCUUCCGCCUCCAGGGAGGUCUCUCAAAUUCAACGGGGUAUACGAGCCUAUAGUUUGCCAGAGACCGGGGCCUAAUGAACUCCCACUGUCAGACUACCCUCUCCGGGAGGCCUUUGAAUUGCUGGGCUUAGAAAACCUCAUCCAGGUUUUUACAUGUGUUCUUCUAGAAAUGCAGAUCCUUCUUUAUUCUCAAGACUAUCAGCGUCUGAUGACGGUUGCAGAGGGGAUCACCACGCUGCUCUUCCCAUUUCAAUGGCAACAUGUGUACGUCCCCAUCCUCCCAGCCUCUCUCCUGCAUUUCCUUGAUGCUCCUGUACCUUACUUGAUGGGUCUGCAGUCCAAGGAGGGAACAGACCGUUCCAAACUGGAACUUCCCCAAGAGGCUAACCUCUGCUUUGUGGAUAUUGAUAACCACUUCAUUGAGUUACCAGAGGAACUUCCUCAGUUUCCCAACAAGCUGGAUUUUAUCCAAGAAAUCUCUGAAGUUCUGCUUCAGUUUGGAAUUCCCUUUGAGGGUACCCUCCAUUGUAGUGAGAGUGCCACCAAGUUUAAGAACCUUGUCCUCAAUGACUUGGCCAAUGACAGAAAGAAUGGAAACAUACCCAGCAACACCAUCAACAUGUAUGAGUUGCUUAAAGGCAAUGAAACUAUUGCCCGCCUCCAUGCUUUGGCAAAGAGGACAGGGGUGGCAGUGGAUAAAAUGAGUAUUACCGCUCCUCUAGCAGAAAAGGAAAGGGAUGUAGAGCUCCAGUGUGAAGAUGGGGAACUGAGAGACUAUAAAUUAAAUGUUCAGCUUCGGGAGGUCUUUGCCAACCACUUCACACAGAUGUUUUCUGAUUAUGAAGCUUUCGUCAUCCAAGCGGCACAAGACAGGGAAUCGUGGCUGACAAACAGGGAACAGAUGCAAAAUUUUGACAAAGCUUCAUUUCUUUCUGACCAACCUGAGCCUUACCUUCCAUUCCUCUCGCACUUCAUUGAAACCCAAAUGUUUGCUACAUUCAUUGACAACAAAAUUAUGUCCCAGUGGGAAGAAAAAGAUCCAUUUUUGCGAGUGUUUGACUCCCGUAUUGAGAAGAUAAGACUAUAUAAUGUCCGGGUUCCUUCAUUAAGAACAUCUUCAUAUCAGAAGUGCAAUACAGUAAAAGAAGCAGCUCAGGCCAUUGAACAGCGGUUAAGGAAGAUCGAUCACAGUGCAAUUCAUCCACACUUGCUUGAUAUGAAGAUAGGUCAAGGCAAAUAUGAACAAGGCUUCUUCCCUAAGCUUCAGCCAGAUGUGCUUGCAACUGGGCCUGCCAACAACAAUCGAUGGGUGGGUCGCAGUGCAACAGCACAACGCAGGAAAGAUCGCCUCCGGCAACAUUCAGAACACAUCUGUCUGGACAAUGACCUAAGAGAGAAGUACAUGCAAGAAGCAAGGACUUUGGGGAAAAAUCUGAGGCAGCCCAAACUCUCCGAUCUUUCUCCAGCUGUAAUUGCUCAGACAAACUGGAAAUUCGUGGAAGGUUUACUCAGAGAAUGUCGAAUGAAGACUAAACGUAUGCUAGUAGAGAAGAUGGGCCAUGAAGCAGUUGAGCUUGGACAUGGAGAAGCCAACAUAACAGGUCUGGAAGAGAAUACACUCAUCGCUAGUCUUUGUGACUUAUUGGAAAGAAUUUGGAGCCACGGACUACAGGUCAAACAGGGAAAAUCUGCAUUGUGGUCCCAUUUAAUUCGGUAUCAGGAAAGGGAAGAGAAGCAGGAGCAACUUGCAGAAUCCCCAAUUGCCGUUGGACCAGAAAGAAGGAAAUCUGAAACAGGGCUUAUGUUACCUACUCUGAGAGUCUCGCUUAUCAGUGAUAUGAGGCACAUUCAGAACAUGAGUAAAAUAAAGACUGAUGUGGGCCGCUCUCGAGCCUGGAUACGGCUGUCCCUUGAAAAGAAGCUUUUGUCUCAGCAUCUCAAGCAGCUCCUUUCCAACCAAGUCCUGGCAAAGAAAUUGUACAAGCGUUACGCCUUCCUAUGCUGUGAGGAAGAGCGGGAACAAUUCCUUUACCACCUUCUCUCUCUCAACGCUGUGAAUUACUUCUGCUUCACAAGUGUCUUCACCACCAUUGUGAUUCCAUACAGGACAGUGAUAAUCCCCAUUAAAAAGCUAAGCAAUGCAAUCACCACAUCAAACCCAUGGAUUUGUGUUUCGGGAGAACUGGGAGAUACUGGAAUAAUGCAGAUCCCAAAGAAUCUUUUAGAAAUGACAUUUGAGUGUCAGAACUUGGGAAAGCUAACUACUGUUCAAAUAGGUCAUGACAAUUCAGGACUAUUAGCCAAAUGGCUGGUGGAUUGUGUCAUGGUCAGAAAUGAAAUCACAGGGCACACCUAUAGGUUCCCAUGUGGAAGAUGGUUGGGGAAGGGUGUUGAUGAUGGUAGCCUGGAGAGGAUUCUCAUAGGAGAGUUGCUUUCAACAGCAUCAGAAGAUGAUCUAGGGAAGCAGUGUCGGACCCCACCUCAACAGAAAUCCCCAACUACAGGCCGCAGAUUGAGUAUUACUUCUCUCACAGGGAAAAAUACAAAACCCAAUGCAGGGCAGAUCCAAGAGGGAAUUGGGGAGGCUGUGAACAAUAUUGUGAAGCAUUUCCACAAACCUGAAAAAGAGAGGGGAAGCCUCACUGUUCUCUUGUGUGGAGAAAAUGGCCUGGUAGCAGCACUGGAACAGGUCUUCCACCAUGGUUUCAAGUCUGCUCGUAUCUUCCAUAAGAAUGUCUUCAUCUGGGACUUCAUAGAAAAGGCUGUGGCCUACUUUGAUACCACUGACCAGAUAGGGGACAAUGAAGAUAAUGUUCUUCUUCAAAAAUCCUCCUGCAAAACAUUCUGCCGCUAUGUAAAUGCUAUCAAUACAGCUCCACGGAACAUAGGGAAGGAUGGCAAAUUCCAAAUUCUAGUUUGCCUUGGAAUGAGGGAUCACUUUGUCCCACAGUGGAUUCCCUUACUGGCAGAGUGCCCAGCCAUCACUCGGAUGUAUGAAGAGAAUGCUCUCCUGCGUGACCGCAUGAUGGUGAACUCCCUCAUCAGAGUCCUACAGACAUUGCAGGACUUCAACAUCGUAUUAGAAGGAUCACUCAUUAAAGGGGUGGAUGUGUAGCAUAUGGCUUUGCAGACAGCUCUCUGUCUCUCCUCUCCCAGGCAAUUGAAAUAUAUUGAACUUGGGAGAGGGCAGAUCUAUGAUAACACAAAUGCUGCUGGUAGUGCCCCACUGUGUGUUUUAAAAACAGCUUGUUGGUAGGUGAGAGUGGUGGUUGUGGGGAGACUCUCUCACUCAUGUAGUUUCCUUACUGGUCUGCCCUAAAGCUGCAAACAAGCUAAGCUGCAGUAUUGUAGUUUUCAAAUCAGAGGUUUAGUGUAAAAUAGAGUAUUUUCGUGUGUUCAAUGUGUGUAAAUAGGCUACCUUACUUCAUAAAUAUUACCAAUAAGGAAAUUUUCUUAGAAUCAGUGUUCUAGGGUUGAGGGUGGGGAAAUGUAGCCUAAAACAACUUUAUAGGGUUGGGAGGAGGGAAGCAUUACUUGCAACUACAGGGAAAAGCCACUCUGUGUGUAAAUAUUGUAUAAAUGUAGCAGGGGGCUUUUCUGCAUAUUGCAAAGGAACAACUAAAGACUCUCUGGGGUAGCCACUCUGUACUCUUCUUGUGAAUGUAUAUUGUUUGCUCUGUUUCUUGUAAGUGGUCAGUCUCAUUCCAUUUAUAUCCAAACCUUAUUUUGUGCAUCAAAUAAGCUGUGAAUCAUAGGAUUCUGGAUCUUCACCAGGACUUUUGUCAGUCAGCACAAGUGGUUCUUGAAGAAGUAUCUUCACACUGGACCUGAGGAGUUCUUGAUCUUCAAACAGGGAUCCACCAAGGUCUCCUUGAGGAAUUUUGCUACAUUAAAUGACAAAAAAGGGAGAAAAGCUGUACUAGAGUUUUGAACUGAUAACUAAGAUUUCAGCUCUCUCCUUCUCUUCCCUCCCUCCCCAGGCUUUUGUGUUCUGUGCAAGCACCACCUGUUUCAGGUGACAUUUUUAGAAGGGAAGAGGGGGCUUCUGUAAGAAAAGGCAAUCUUUCAUCACAAGCCAUUUCUGCAAAAUUCCUGGCCUUCACAAUUGUUUCAGGCAGUUUGAAAUGUCAAAAGCUUCUGUCAGAUGCUUCAUUGUUCUGUAUCCAGAAGAGCAAGAACUAACCUUACUCCCAUGGGAGGCUUCUUGUAACAUUUUGCUUUGCUUGCAAUAUGGGAACCCCAUUUGAACAGAAAGGGUCCAUACAGCAAGCUGCUGCCAUGUACAAAUAGCCUCUCAUGAAAUAAAGGCCGUCUCUUAGGGCAGAUAUUUACAUUGCCUUAGGUCUGGGAACUAUUUCAGCAUUGCUCCUUCCCAUGCCACUCAAGUAACACAGGAAGCCAGUAGUCACAUGGGAGGUCUUGCCAUAGGGAGGUCUUGGCAAAGGUAGCACAGGGAAGUGGCUGUAUUACAACUCCUCCUAUGUGAACUUAGCAUUCCUAUGAUGCCAGAGUGGCAUGUGAAAGCAUCUCACUGCAGCAGCGGCCUGUGCACCCCUGAUGUAAGGUAUCUCUUGGUUUUGUGUAGUUUUAGCCUUUUAAAGUGAGAGAGGCAACAGGUACCCAGAUCUAGAGGCUAUUCUGACAAGUAGAUAGAUUCAGUAUUUUGAAUAGUAGCAACACAGUUGCUGUAGACAGACAGAUUUAAAUACUAUUAUGCAAAAAUUAAUAUUAGAUAGUGGGGCAGCAUGGAUAGCAAAUCCAGCAUGUACCAUUCCAUCUCCCCCCCACCCCCCUGCUACCGCUCUAGAUGAGAUUUUCUCAAGUUUUGGAGAGUUGGCUUUAAAAAACUAAAUCUUACUCUACUGAUCUGUGGAACUUAAUGAGCUCUAUCUCUGAGUUUAACCAGUAAAAGGGGGAGGGGGAGGAAUCACACUAUUCAUCAUGUCUGACAAUAGUGUACUUAAAGGGGAAGUCAUUUCAGGGAAGCGAUUGUUACUUUUCAUUUUAGGCUACAAUACAUGCUCACCCCCUUCCACUGGUGCAUCUCUAAUUUCCUAAUAUUGUGCUAGAUUCUAGAGAGGUCCAUGAAAAACACAGAAGGGAAAAAUAUACAAUAUUUAGGAAAAGAAAGGGAAGAGAGUGUAACUCAGAUGUCUCAAUUUAUUUCAUUAAGAGAUUAUAUUCCUAAGUAGUAUGCUGAUAAGGGAUUCUCCUUGGGUGUGUAUUCCGUGACAAACACAUGACUCCCAAUGCUGGCUUGCCAUCAGCAUGCAAAGCGACAAGAGGAGGGGGGAUUUGCAAGAGAGAAAUGGCAAGGGGUUGCUUUGCUUCGAAACUUGUUUCUCAGUCAAGUCAGGAAAAAUGGCAGGGAAGGAACUUGAGAGAAUGUGAUGGGUGGAAGAAUGGCUAAGUGCACACUUGGCUGCUGCUACUUUGUACAGUUGCAACCAUAGCUUUGGGGAUCCUGUGGUUUGAUUUCCAGUGUGUCAUUCCACCCUAAAACUAUCUAUCUGCUGCUGCUUUUUCUCUUUAUGAUACCUGUGACCUCCAAAGUUCCUUUCCCGUGCAUUUUUAGCCAGAAAAUCAAGCUAGGAAUGUUAAUUGUAAACCAUUAGAAAAUGUGAGGCAAUAAGUGGCUCACAUGCCUCAAAGUGUUUUUACCAAUAUUUCUGCCUGCUUGAAAAAUUGGGUGGUACCUUUUGCCACAAUAUUUGCUAAAAUGACACAUGAAUCCGAGUGCAUCAAGUUCACCCAAAGGGCUCUGGCAACAUGACUGUGAAGCAUGAAUGCAUGUGGAUGUCUUCACCAGAAUUUCAGAAUACAUAUAGGGAGGGGGUGAACUUUCCAGAUAUCCUUUUCCUCAAACAACCAGCUUCCUGUUUAUCCCUGACAGUGCUGUCACCUCUGUUUUGAUCAGAUGGUUAAUUCACCCAGGUUACCCCAGCCCCUUUCUGAUGGAAGACAUGUUUCCACAAUCUCGGAAAUGAUUCUAAAUAUCUUUAGAAAACUGUUUUGUGAAUUUAAAUUGCACCCCCAUUUAAAGCUGGCAAAAAGCUGGAUACAUUAUUUGAACCUUUAUUUUUUCUGUUAUCCUUUACUCUUCAGAAGAAGUUUACUGUAGGUAAAACGGAUAUGGUUAUUGCAUUAAAAAGUCAAUUAUUUACAAUUAUUAUAAAUACUUGCUCCUUUCUAGUUUUGCAGUAAUUUCCAGAUAAACAGUACAAUUUAGCCUUCACUGCUCCUUUUCUCACACAUGUUGUGGAGUGUUUAUAGUUCACCUAUAUCAUGCCAGAUAAUAUUUAUUAAAAGUCUCUACUAAGAGCUAGCAGAAGUAGAUGUACCUCAAAAUGGGGAUAUGGUUCAGAACUGAAUAGGAAAAAUGAAGGGAUUGUCCAAAUAUCCAUAUGCUUUGCUUUUAUUAUGUGUCUCAAAACUGUUCCAGGGAAAGAGGCCCCAUGUCUUGUUUUAACUAAAUGACAUUAAAACAAAAAGCAAGGUGCUAUUGGAGGGCUGCAUUCAUUCCAGAAGAAUAUGGGACAAAUUGGAUACCAUGAUUUUUUUUACUGACUACUACCUUCCUUUCCAUCUACUAGUUUUCUGUGAAGCUAAAAUAGCUUCUGAAAUAUCCCCCCUCUGCUUUGAGGCUUAUUUCAUGACAUGGAAAAAGUAAUCAUUGAAGCAGACAAAGAGAGAGACCUCAUAAAGGUUGUAUGCUUGAAAUUCACAACAGGUCUUUAUCCACCACCACUAGCAUGUAAUGCUUGGCAUCUUACCUAGCAAUGUAAUUUCUUUCUGUAAAGCUUUAACUCAUUUUGCCAUUUUAUUGUUUCACACCAAAUUAAUAGUAUGCAAGGCACACUAUGGAUGUCUGUUUUCUUUUAGGCAAUAAAGCACUAUAUAAUUGUGUAGUAUUAUAACAACCUUAAGGUAUUUUUUGAAGCAUGAUAUUGAUCUCUGGUAGACUAGUCUUUUUGGCAACUUCAGGAGUACAGUUCUUUUGAAACAUUUAUUCCUGUUGUAUGCAACUUUUUUUUAAAGAGACAACUACGAUCAUUUGAAACUGAGGGUUUGCUCUGUCAUAUUUACAGAAAAUGUUCUAGGUUCUUGAAAGAGUGAGAAGGACCUAGUAGUCAUGGCUCUCUGAAAUUUAAUGUACCCUUUCAACAUCAGUAUUAAUGAGCUUUCAUUGAUCUUAAGAAACUUAUUUUUUAAGAUGACCAACAGUUUCCAGCAACUUACGAAGUAAAUUCUGUGUUUAAGAACUGUGGCUCUCAAAACAUUGUACAUUCUUACAGCAUUGCUAAGCUAACAUAGUUAAGAAAAUUCAGAGGAACAAAAUAGAAUUGUAAAGUGGAUCAGUAUGUAACACUUUAUAAGUCUUUGAAGCUAACCAGAAUGAGGUGGUCUUGGUGUAAAGGGACCCUCACUACAUCUUCCCAAUGGACACCUUCCAGCCCAUUUACUUGGAGGUACAUUCCAUGAUUUUUAACUGGGAUUGACCUCUGAGCAAAGAAGUUUGGGACUGGGCUGUUAGCUUCCUUUUUUGUUUAGAAUAAGUUUUGAGAGGUCAUGCAGUGUCAUAAGUCCUUUGAUUUCCCUCCUCAGUCAAGUGAAGGUGUAUAUCUCAUAAGGAAAUGUUGUGUUACAUUUAAAAUGUAUAAAUGUACCUGAUAUAGUUUAUUAAAGAACUCCUUCCUCCCCCUCCCUUAACUAUCUUCAGAAUAUGUUGCUAUUUUAUCUUUACAUUAUUCAUAAAUUAAUCAGGACUGGAUAAUGUUCAGGAAGUGAAUAUUGGUAAAAGUAUUGUUGUUUCAAGCACUUUAGCAUACAUAUCACAAACUGACAUGGGUGUUUUUUUCCAGGGUUUGGAUUACAAAUAAAUGCAGCUUUUCAUGCAAUGGUCUUUACAAAUAAAACUG